AUGCGGAGGGGCGCUUCCGGUGUGGGCAGCGUGGCUCCCUGAGACAAGAUGGCGGCGCCCUUGUCUGUCCAGCUGGAGUUCGGAGGUGGAGCAGAACUCCUGUUUGACGGGGUAAGAAAACAUCAAGUGAAUUUGCCCCACCAGUCCGAACCUUGGAACCUCCGACAUUUGCUGACGUGGAUCAAAGGAAACCUGCUGAAAGAGAGGCCUGAAUUAUUUGUGCAAGGAGACUCGGUGCGCCCAGGAAUCCUGGUGCUUAUUAAUGAUGCAGAUUGGGAGCUGAUGGGCAACCUGGACUAUCAACUGCAAGACCAAGAUCAUGUGGUUUUCAUCUCCACUUUACACGGGGGUUAGCCCCCCCGCGCCAGGGAGUGGGGCAAUCCUAAACCAUCAACGACAAAACUAAACAGCCUUUCGGUUGAGCCAACUUCGUAAGAAAGCCAAAUUUUUUUUUGGGGAAGAGCUUGGACCUGCAGGGUUGAAUCCCAGCUUUGGAUGGGAAGAAUGUAACCCUGGAACGUUUUCUCUUGGGCUGUGGGUCGGGCGAGCUCCCCCGAGCCGUUGUUGACUCUUGAGAAAUGAGGAGGGAAACCGGAGAGCUGCAGCUGAGCCCCGUGGUUAUUUGCAGUGCCUGUUUGUUUUCAAGUGAACAAGAAGUCGCCAUCUUCUUUCUGCCCUAGCAGCCAGAAGAGACAAUCCCAGGGAUGGGAUGUGAUAAGGGCAGGGACCUUCUCCGUCUCUGAUCCAGCCUUCCAGGCCUUAAGACCACAGUACCACUUGACUUACCCCUCCGUUUUGAUCCGCAGACCUCCCAACCAGCAUUUCGGUAACUGAGCUGAAAAAUUAACUGGGGCAGCCCACCUACAAAUGCUCGCUUUGAAUUUAGGGUGUGUGCUAUGCGUGGGCCAAGGUUAUGCAAAAAUCUGGACUGGUCUAAAGUCUCCUGCCUGCCCAUGAGGUUGGACUCGGAGACCUCCAACUCCUGCUAUUCUGAUUCCCUCGCUUGCCUUUCUUGUACCUAUAUUUUAAAUAAAUAUUGUGCAGAGCUUCCUUUGCUAAUAUUUCACCUGCUAACUGCGGUUUGUGUGUCUUUUCAUCAGGGAUGCCAAAGGCCCACUCUGUUGUCAGCGUCUUUAGCAACAAAUAAAACGGCUACCCCCA